AUGAGCAUAUAUGAGCGCCUACGCGGCAGGGAAUUCAAAGGAGAAGUAGCAGAAUGCUUCGAGGUAGUCCACUACAAACUGGCAGACAGCCAACGAGGAAAGUUGGACGCACAAAGUGCAAUCGGUGUGUGGCUUGGGAAAAGCCUACAGUCUGAUGAGCACUACAUCGGCACAACAGACGGCAUCAUGCGGUUCGAAGAACUGAUUGGCCAAGAGAAAUCUGAAGCUGCCCGAAAGAGCAGUCAGCAGCAAGAAAUGGAAGUUGAAAUGCCAGGUGGUAUUUUCGACGAUGGUGAUGAACUGCAAGAUGUUCAACAAGAGCGAGUGGUGAGGAGAAAGAUCACAACCACUGCAGAUUCAGCGGGUGUGACCACGACUCAGUCUGCGGCUAGCACCGCGGAUGGCUCAGCGGGUGGCCCCGAAAGGCUGGUGGAACAGUUGGCAAAGAGAAACAAGCCAACGCCAGCACAGGGUAGCAAGCGAUCAGCGGAUCAACCAGUGGAUGUGCUUGAACAGGAGCACAACGCAAAUGCUGGAUUGCCGGAAGUGAUCUGCGGAUUGCCGACCCUGCACGACAUCCCUAUAGCAGGGUAUCCUGAAUGGGGUAGGUUGGAUGAAAUCCCAGCCUACGAUGAGCGCACGGGAGUGCCACUUCCUCCGGAAAAGGUGAAAAGAGCACGCGGAAGAGAGCUCGACAAAAUGGAGGAGCACCAAGUGAAGGUGAACAUCACUUGGGACAAAGCCAGAGAGCUUGGACUCAAGAUUGUGAAGUCACGAUGGGUCGAUGGCUGGAAAGCGUUGCCAGAUGACAAAGAUGGAGUACGCAGAAUGGCAACAGACCUGGAGAAGCUGGAUGCUCUCAUGGUCGAGAACUUUGAGACAAAGGUUCUCCCAAAGAUUGGUCCAGCGGAUGCUGGAGGUGAAACCAGCCAUUUGCACCGCAUCAUCAAAUGGCGCGAGGGAAGCCAAGAAGGUUUCACUUGUGAGGCAGAUCCCAAGUACGCAAAGAGCCUUGUAAAGGCCAUGAACCUUGACGGGUGCAAAGGUGUAGACACACCAAGCAGCAAAGAAUGUGGGAAAGGUGAUCGUCAAGCAUCAGAGCUUUUGAAACUUGAAGAGGCAAAAGAAUUUCGCAGCCUUGCCGGGACAGCUCUAUACCUAAGCCUUGACAGACCUUCCAUCCAGUUCGCUGUGAGUGAGAUUAGCUCUGGAAUGUCUGCUCCAACCAGACUGCACUGGUUGAAGCUGAAGCGGCUGGUCAGAUACCUAGCCAAAUAUCCAACUGAAGUUUGGAAGCUUGAAAACCAAGAUCAACCAUCUGAUUACUGUGUUUACACAGAUUCAGGUUGGGCCUCAGACCGCGAGACCCGAAAAUCAAUGAGCAGUUUCGCCGAGAAGUUUGGAGAGCACUUAAUUGAAACAAGCUGUGCAAGGCAAACAGUAGUUGCCUUGGCUAGCGGAGAGGCUGAGUUCUACGCAAUGACGCGUGGAGCAGCGGCCGGACCAAUGAGCCAACAAAUUCUCCAAUCAAUCGGGUUCAACAAGCUCGAUCUGUCACUACUGACUGACUCAACUGCAGCAAAGGGAAUUGCAAACAGAUCAGGUUCAGGAAAGCUAAAGCACCUGGACAUAAAGGACCUGUGGUUGCAAGAUGUGGCGCGAGCGAAACGCCUUAGCAUCAAGAAAGAACCAAGUGCAAGUGGAGACCAACAGGAAGGAAACGGUUUCUGGUGGUACUUCCUGUUCAUGCAUGCGAUGGCAGUUUUGGGCAUUUUAAGCCUCAUACAAGAGCUCACGCUGCCGUGGAAAGACCGCCUUGGGGCACACUUUCUUCGAGGGCCUCGAUCUGUGGAGGACCUGAAGAUUUUCGGUGUCCCCUACCAACAAGGUUUCAUGGCCGCAGCAUAUUCCAUGCAGAUCCCGCAGGGGUUGGACCUGCUGGUCUCGCACGAGCCGCCGCACAAGAUCUUGGACUUUGCCUCGGCGUCGUCCUUGCGUGCAGAUCACAUUGGCUCCCGAGAGUUGAAGAGCGCUUUGGGCCGCUUAUCCCACAAGAGUCGUCAGACCAAGAGGAGACUGUCGCCGCGCGUGCACUUGUUCGGGCACGUGCAUGAAGGUCGUGGAGCCUGGGAGCAGGAUGGCACGCUCUUUCUGAACGUCGCAAACGCGAAUCCCGGCAUGGCUCGGACCUUGCAGCAUCCUUGCGUGGUGCUGGAUCUUGCCACUGACGGUUCCGGCGAAGUGCAGCUGGUGAGUGGCUUAAAAGUGGUGGUACGUGUCCUGCGUGGUCUUCCAGGACCACCUGAGAAGGGCGAAGACGAGAGGCUGGAGGCAGCACUGGAGCAAUUCCUGUUGGAUCUUGCAGAAUCGGAGGCAUCGGAGGAGGAGCCCAAGCUCUUGAAGUCUGAGUUGCUGCAGGCCGCAGUGGCCGCUCUGAUUGCUUUGCUGGAUCCCAACGUGGGAGCGGCCAAGGUAAGCCAUGUGAGCCUCGCCAAAUUCCUCCGCACCACCUUUGCACCCUUGGACGUGUUCCCAGGGCGCUGA